GACUCAUCAUCAUAUGAUACGCUGAGGUUCGUUUCUAGACGUUUGAGGACCCGUGAAUUAAAAACAAGACGCUUAUUUCUUGCUCUAACACCCCUCCCAUUCUUCACUGCUUGGACUCGACCGACUUACCUCCGAGUGGGUUCACUUUGAAUGUGAAAGUUUCUUUUUUAACAUUCACGUGGACUACACCAUACCAUCUCCAAAUACUUUAGGAGUAGUUAUUUGAUUUUGUUUCUUAAAUAUUUCAACAGAAAGGAUGUACCGAGGUCACGGACGAGCCAACCCGGCGUACACGGGCGGCGCUUCUGGGUCAAAUUCCGCUUCCCUGGAAAGCACCACCACUUCCACUACACAAGAGCAGUUCACCAUGGCCAGCUCCAGCCAAUUUGUUCCAAGCCUCAACGCCAUCACGACUAACCAGGAUCUCCAGUGGCUGGUCCAACCCUCCCUUAUGCAUCCGCCAGGUCCUUCCCGCUCCCCGGUGCCACCUUACCCGUCCCUGUCCAGGACAUGCCCGCAGGGUCCGCCGCCUCCGCCACCCUCCCAUUUGCACUUCAUCCGUCCAGGCGUCAUCAGAGCGAGCGCCAACCAAGCGGCGGGUACGACACGGCGUAGGAACGACGAACACUUGUCUCACGAGGAGCUGGAGAGACGGAGAAUAAGGAGAGAGCGCAACAAACUGGCGGCGGCCAAAUGCCGCAAUCGCCGUCGGGAGCUGACCGAUACACUGCAAAACGAGACCGACCAGCUGGAGGAUGAAAAGUCACGUUUGCAGAAGGAGAUAGGCGAGUUGCAAAAGCAGAAAGAGAAGCUGGAGCUGGUCCUGGAGGCUCACCGUCCCAUCUGCAAAAUCCAAGACUCCGACUCCGACUCGGAUGCCAGCGCCGCGCUCUCGUCCUUGGCGGGCAUCAAGAUGGAGCCCGAGGACUACAGUGUGCCCGGACCAUCGCGACUCAAGCAGCCCGCCAAGGCAGAAAGGCCCAAACCAAAGAUCACCAUCCCCAUCAAGACGUCCUCCUCAUCUUCAUCAUCAACCCUGGCCGUCAGCCAAGAGUCUGAGUCCCUGCACACCCCCGUCCUGACCUCCACUCCCUCCCUCACCCCCUUCACGGCCAGCAUGAUUUUCACGUACCCCUCGGCCCCGGUGGAUGCCCCUCAUCAGGCCCCGCAGCCUUGCGGCGUGGCGCACCGACGCAGCAGCAGCAGCGGCGAUCAAUCGGAUCACUCCCUGCACUCGCCCACCAUCCUCACACUGUGACUGACGACGUGAUUGCAACCGACCAUUUCAAAUAUCUUUUUUUUCUUUUUUUGGAAAAGGCAUUCGCUCUCCAGGGGUUGUCAAACUUUUGAGGUUCAGGGUAAAAAUGUUAAAAGAGCCCCCUGAAAGUCAAAGUAAUCCCAUGUGUAUGAAUUCAAAGCUGCACAAUUGAUUUUAAUUGUCCCAAAAUGAAGGUAACAAGCAGAAAUUGUUUUAUGAUGUUGUUUUAUUGGUGCAUAGUAGGUAUGCAGUUUUUGAAAAAAGUAUAACAUAACAAUUUUUUUCUGGCAAAUGAUUUUUUUGGGUCCCCAAAGCUGCUGCUCGCAGUCCCCCUAGGGCUCCUCGGGCCCCUGUUUGAGAACCACCAACCUACCCAAGCAACAUCAGGAUACACUCAUUAUGCUUUUACUUUAUGGAGAUUUUCUCAUCUAAAUCUAUUAUACCUCUCAUUUGCAAGUGGCACAAUUGUAUUGAAAUGAACAAUGCAUGCAGAAUAUUUUAUCAAAGUAUAUUUUGAUCAUUUUAAUUUUUAAAAUUGAACUUUUAUGCCAAUGUUACAUCACAGAGUGUAACAUUAUUAUGGAAGGGAAAGUUAUUCUUAGCUAUAUAUAUUUUUUCUUUUAGUUUAUUCCUUAUUGACCACUAAGGCUGGGCCGUAGGAGUUAAUAGCGAGCGUAUUUAUUUGCGAGAGGGUAAUAUAUUUUUUAUAAUGGGUGGGCAGUGCCUUACUUUUCAGCUUUGAGCUCAGCAUUGUUUCAAAGACUAUAAUAAAGACUUUCACAACGCCUCAAUU